GAAAUUUGAAUGUUUUCCGUUGAGCUCUCCGUGUGUUUGUGUGUGCGUGCGUUUGGAUGUCGUGCCGGCGUUAGGUUUUUGAACCGAUUUUAAUAGCAGUGGUGUGUCUUCCCUGAUAAUUUCAUUUGGUUGAGGUCACGAUGAGCCGCCUGCCGACUCCGUCGUCUCGGCUGCCGGUGGCCGGCACCUCUCGGCUGACGGCAGCCUCCGGGAUCGUGCGCCCCACACCCCGUGCUACCCCGGCCACCGCCGGCGGCGCGGCCGCCCUGAAACGGCAGGCCUCGCAGUCGUCGAUGGCGACCAAGCGGGGUCGUCUGGACACCUCCGGAAGUUCGGACGGCUCCUCCACGGGUCGUCCUCCGCGCGCGGGCUCGAUGCGUCCGCCGGCCAACCCGGGCCUGAUCCGCUCCAAGUCGGUGGCCAACCUCAGCACGCCGGCCGGACGGCCCAUGAGGGACGUCACUUCCCGAGUCGUCUCCCGUAAUAACGUGAAGGCCGCCGGCACAGUGGGCGGCCGUCCGGGCGCCGCCAAGCCGACGCCGAAGCCGGCGACGAAGCGGCAGCCGUGGGACCUGAAGGGCCAGAUCCAGGACAUGGACGCCCGUCACCGAGAGCUGAUGGAGCAGCUGCAGCUGACACAGGAGCGCGUCUCCAGGAUGGAGGAGGAGAAGCAGCAGCUGGAGCAGGGUGUCCGCGAGAAGGAGACCAUCACUGCCGAGGUGCAGUCGGAGGCACAGCGCGUCUCGCGCCAGCUGCAGGACCGCGAGGACCAGUGGGAGUCGGAGCGGCGCCAGCUGCAGCGGCGCCUCUCCGAGCUGGAGGCGCAGCGAGAGGACUCGGAGACGCAGCGGGCCGCCCUGCAGCGCCGGCUCACUUCUCUGCAGGCCGAGCUCCAGGCCAAAACGGACGAGGCUGACGCACUACGGUCGUCAGUGGCCCAGCUGACGGCUGCCCAGGCCACGGUGGGCGCGCAGCUGUCGGCUGCCCAGCUGACCGUCCAGCAGCUGACGGCCGCCCGCGACCAGCUGGAGGCCACGCUGCGGCAGCGGGACGCCACCGUGGCAGAGCUGGAGGCCCGCGCCCGACGCGAGGAGACCCUGCGCCGACAGCUGCACAACCAGGUGCAGGAGCUCAAGGGCAACAUACGCGUGUUCUGCCGCGUCCGGCCGCUGCUGGGCGAGGAGGUGACCCAGGCCGGCGGACAGAUCCCGCACCUGCAGGUCACCGACGAGCGCUCGCUGGAGAUCGGCAAGGCGGCAGGUGCCGGUGCCAACGAGACCAUGAGCGGCCGCCGCCGGGAGGAGGGUGACGGCAAGGUGAACUUUGCGUUCGACCGCGUCUUCCCGCCGGAGACGUCGCAGGCGGACGUCUUCGAGGAGAUCUCGCAGCUGAUCCAGUCGGCGCUAGACGGGUACAACGUUUGCGUCUUCGCGUACGGCCAGACCGGCUCUGGUAAAACUCAUACCAUGGAGGGCGGCCGUGACGACGAACUGCAAGGCGUGAUCCCGCGCGCCGUCAGCCAGAUAUUCGACGCCUGCGCAGCGCUCAAGGAGAAGGGCUGGUCGUACACACUGGAGGCCAGCUUCCUGGAGAUCUAUAAUGAAACCAUCCGCGACCUGCUCAGCACGUCGAAGGAGAAGAUGAACUACGAAAUCCGCAUGAAAGACAGCAAACUCAACAGCAAGACUAAGGAGGUGUAUGUCACCAACCUCAAGGUGGUGACGGUGACCGAGCAGGCGGACGUCGCCUCGCUGCUGGAGCGGGCCCGCCAGCAGCGCGCCGUGGCCGCCACCAACUGCAACGAGCACUCGUCGCGCUCACACUCUGUGUUCACCCUGCGGAUGGAGGGCCGGAACGCGCUCACCACCGAGACCUGCCACGGGUCGCUGAACCUGGUGGACCUGGCAGGCUCAGAGCGGCUCAAAGAGUCCGGCUCGCAGGGCGACCGUCUCACCGAGACCAAGAACAUUAACAAGUCCCUGGCCAACCUCGGAAACGUCAUCAUGGCGCUGGGAAAUAAGCAGGACCACGUGCCUUUCCGAAACUCCAAGCUCACGCACCUGCUGCAGCACUCUCUGGGCGGCAACAGCAAAACGCUCAUGUUCGUCAACGUGUCUCCGCGCGAGGACUGCGCCGCCGAGACCCUCAACUCUCUGCGCUUCGCCGCCAAGGUCAACCAGUGCCACAUCGGCACUGCCACGAAACGCACCAAGUGAGGGUGAUUGCGCCGCGCGAGGCUGAGCCGUGUAUAGAUGGGGGCCUGGUUAUCCAGCGGCUACCGGGAUGAUAAACUCGCUAGCAUCCGGAUCUCUGGCGCGCGCUGUAUGUGCUGUACCGCUGGGGAGAGAUUAUCGGACACACGAGUCGAUAUCCCGCCGAGUCGGUGCGUCUCCAGCACGGCGCGGCGCUGGGUCUCCAUGUUUAUCGAUGGAUGAGUGCGCGGGGAGAGGCUAGUUAGCGACAUGUGUGCCUGAUUCACUGAAUGAUCGUCAUAUCUAAGGCCCGGCAGCCCGAGACUGUAAGUAGCCCUGUGCGUGACCGUUGUGUGUCUGACGGAACUCACAGCCUGUAGCCGCGGGCUCUGGAUAUAAGUGUCGACGCCAGCACUCGCUCUGUUUAGCGGUCUCAGUAGACGUCGGCUGGCAGAGUUUGGUAGGCCGUUUUCCCACAUCAUCCUCUCUUCUCGGGCUAUCGGUCGUGUGCACUGUAGUUGACUGUGUAGUGUGUCAUGGAUUACUCUUAGAAUACACCGUGUGACUGAGCACCUAAUCGUACUCCAGCCUCCUGUCGGUGCCCGCAUAGCUUUUAGCGUUGAUUUCCCUUGUGUUUGUUGCAAACUAUGAAGUCUGUUUUAUAUGUUUCGCUGCUGCUCAUUCUGCAUUGGGGGAUGGCUUUCGACAUGCGGGACGUAACCGACUCAUAAAAAUGGUCUCACGGAAUACCGUCAAUCAAAACCAAUAGCCAUCUUCAUAGUUUUCUGGCUGAUUACGUGAGCUCUGCAUACCAGUCACUGUUCACCGGCUAGCCUUGUUUCCGACGACUGGUCCUGCCGCGGUCGGGCAUGUCAGAUUGAGCGACCAGCAGCUCCCCAGUCCGCGGGAUGUUCGAUCAUGAAUGUCUGGCUUUGUGGAGGGAUCAUCGGUCUGUAUCUCAUUCAUCGCUUUAAUACAUUUGGGAACUCAU